AUGGAAGCUUUGGAAAGACGAGGGAAAGUUCUUGCAGUAGCUGCUAUAGUCUUUAUUGUAUUCUGGUCACAAUGUAAAGGCGUAGAAGGGAAGAACUCCACAAGAAUGUCGUAUGUGUGUCCGCCUAUGUUCAUCAGACUAGGCUAUAGCUGUUACUUCUUUAGUGAGAACAAAGCUACAUGGCAAAAUGCACUAUUUAGUUGUAAGGAUCGCGGCGGUAACUUGUCAGUGCCUGCGCGUUGGGAGGACAGGAAUCUUCGGAACUACCUCAACAGACCUGGUGUUGACAAAGCCAGCAGAUGGAUUGGAGGGAUUUACGAUUACGUAUCUAAAGCCUGGAAGUGGGGUGGCGAAUUGAAGCAGAUGCACUACCAGUCCUUCAGCAAAAUGAAGAAGAUGACACCCGAAGAACUGCAGUUCCACUGUAUCGCUAUGACACCGGAACUUCUAUACAGAUGGGCAGCCCGCAGCUGCUACGAGCCCCGCCAGUUCAUCUGCCAAACAAAGCUGAAGAAAGUACCCAAAUCCAAGCUGAAGGAACUGCGACGUCGAUACCAACGAAUGGGCAAGAUCAACGAAAUAACGGCUCCCAGCGUGAGCAGAGAGGUCGAUGACCCCCGUAUCAAUGACGUCACGAGCAACCCCGUGCCCAAUCCGAAAUCCUACGACCUUCGGCCGAGCCCUUUGCGGAGGCUGCCGAAGAGGCGACAGAAUCCCAUGAGGAAUAACUUUAAGGCAUACGACUUGAGACCGAAUGAGCUGAGGAAGAGGUCGAGGCCCAACGCCCAGAGGAAGCUGACGAGACCGUUCCCAGGUUACCAUUGGAAUAGACGCGACCCAGAAGGUUCGUACAAACGCAACGCAGAGAUCCUCCUCUCCGGCAGAACGGGUCUAAGCCCUCAGCAAAUCAAGGCUCACCUCUCAAGACUAGAACACCUCAGAGACAGGCAACUGGCCCGACAGAAACGGCUCCGCGAGAAGGACGAUUGGCUGGUAAACGACCCACCAGCGAUAGUCCACACCCACGCAAGAACGUAUACGAUGGAUAAUAAUAUUAGCGCGCUGCACCCAAAGACGAUAGUUGAAGAGUUUGACAUGAUGCCGCCACCAGUUCCAGCGGUUAUACCGCGGCCAGUGCGAAAUAUCUGGUGA